CACACACACACUCACUCACUCACUCACUCACUCACUCACUCACUCACUCACUCACUCACUCACUCACUCACUCACUCACUCACUCAUUCACACACACACACACACACACACACACACACACACAUACACCAUGCUGAAGGGCACUUCAUCUGACCUGCUUCUCUACAAGUUGGGUGUGCUGCUGGCUGUGUUCUCCAUGUCCAUGUCCACCUCAGUGGUGGUGCUUGAGGGUCAGUCGGUCCAGAUGAAGUGUUCAUGUAGCACUAAAGAGACAGGAUACUCCUCAGUCACCUGGCUGAGACAAUCCAACCAGUCCACUCCAGUUUCCAUCUGCACAGCUUCAUACGACCAGCAGAAGAAUAAGACAAGCGCUAAUUACCACAACGGAUUCACCAGCCAGCGCUUCACAUGUACUCUGGCCAACAGCAUCUGUGUGUUAGAGAUCAGAGCUGUGAGUGUGUCUGACUCUGGACUUUACUACUGUGGGAUGCAGCCAGAUGACCAUAUGAUCUAUUACAAUGCCACCUACCUAACCAUCACAGCAUCUGUAGAAAAGACUGACACUGCACCUACAGAGAAACCAAAAGAAGAAGGCUGUUCUCCUGCUGGUGUGUGUUCAGUGGUGCUGUUGGCUCUGGGGAUUCUCAGUGCUGCUCUGAUGGUCGUGGUCUUUAUUCUGGUUCUGACCAAACACACAGAUGGACUCCACACAGGAGAUGCAGACCCUGGUGAUGAGACACGGUGUCCACCUGAGCAGUGCCCGUAGGCUACAAAUAAUGUUUUCCAAGAAACUUUUAGCCCAUGCGCAUGCGGACCAUUUCAAGUGUCUGGGAAAUGUAAACACACAUGAUCGGAUUUGGGUCACUUGCGAAAGUAUGUAAACAUUCAAUCAAAAAAAUCGAAUAUGAGCACAAAAUCGAAAUUGAGCAUAUCCGAUCUGCAGUCUAAACGCAGCCUAGGAUACAACAUCCCCUCUCAUGUCUCUAUUGUGUUUCAGGAGUCCGGCGUGUUGAGAUAUUCAGCUCUGGGAUUGGCUGAGAGGGAGGAGAGAAGGCGGACCCUCUACAGGGAGAACACAGAGUCACAAGUGUUUUAUUUUGCUGCAAGAUAAAGACAGAAACUGGAUCAUA